AUGACAGAGAAAUACAUGUCAUAUCUCCAAGUCCUCAAGUCGGGUGAGGAGGUCAUCGGCGAUAUCUAUGAUACCGACGUCUAUGAAUGGGUCACGACCCCGUUUAAGCCACUGCUUGUUGAGCUUGCGCCUCCACCAGAAUGUGACUCCAAAGACAUCAGAAUCACCCUGGAAAAACAUCUAUUUCCCGAAUUCUUUGUCUUUGAACUUCACAUCAUCGACGAAAAGCUAUGUCCUCGACGUGUUGUAGCGGAUGAGUCCCCUGUACGUCCUUCUUUUCUACGCUUUGACGAUGACUUUCUCGAUGACUUGGAGACCUGGACUGCCUUCUACGAUCCUGCCGGAAUAGUUUUAAGCUUCGACAGUCCCGAAGAUGCACUAUUUAAGCUGCCAAAUAAAGUCCUCAUCGACAACUGUAAGACCGAAUGUUUCUUCAAGCCGUGCUACUCCGGCGUUCAGACUAAACGCGAGCUCGAGACGUAUAGAAUGAUCCACACAGCUGGUUUGGUUUCGCAGUUUAACCUGUGUCGCGUUUACGGCAUUGUGUUGGAUGAGUAUGAGUUUAUUCUUGGGGUUUUGUUAACUCAUGUUGAUACACGAGGUUGUCCGUUGUCGACUAAGAUUGCUCCCGGGGAACCAGAUGAUCCUCCACAUGAAGUGAGGCAACGAUGGAUGGACCAGAUUGAGGCUGCUGUUUCUGCUUUGCAUAGAGCCGAUAUAGUCUGGGGGGAUAUCAAGGCAGAGAAUGUCUUGAUAGAUCAGGAUAAUAAUGCGUGGGUCACAGAUUUCGGUGGAGGCUAUACUCGGGGCUGGGUUGAUAAAGAGGUAGUGGAGACCAUGGAAGGAGAUCGGAUGGGGAUGGCGAGGCUAAGAGAGUUUAUCUUUCCAGUUGCAUCAAAUGCGGAUCUAUAA